CCGGGUUUGCGUGUUUGGAGGUAUAAAUCCAUCUCAUCUCCUUGUCGUUCUCAUCUGAACUUUUCUCUCGGCAUUAAUAUUUCUCUCCGAGCCUCACCUCACCCACCUCACAUUAUUGUAUUAGGGGAAGGGAGGCAGCGUUCAAAAUGGGCCUCACAUCCCGCCGCGUGCAACGCCUCGCCACCUUCGCCAUCCGGCCGCUCCUCGCUGCAGUCGUUUUCACACUCGCUCUUCGCUACUUCACCUCUUCCUCCUCCCCACAGCCCAAGAAGCCGAAAGACACACACCCCCACCUCACCAAACACCUCAUCAUAGCCAGCACCCGCUCCUCAAACCUAACCUGGCUAUACCCCUCUCUCCGCACCACCCACUGGACACCACACAUCUACGUAACCGACGACCCGCACGCGCUCACCGUGCCAAAGAACAAGGGGAACGAAGCAAUGGUCUAUCUAACUUAUGUCAUUGACAAUUAUCACAACCUGCCUGAUGUGAUGUUCUUCCAUCAUGACCAUCACCAAGCUUGGCAUCAGAUGUUCUCUUCUUCGUACGAGCUCGCGCACCUGAAUCUCGAUACGAUUUUAAAGCAGGGGUACGUGAGUCCGCGCUGUCUCCCGGGCUGCGAGAAUGUAUUUGAACUCCCCGGCAACGUGGCGCCAAUGUCAGAUCUCCGGACCGCAUCAAUAGAUGUCCUUAUUUCAACGCUAUUGAAUGAGUUCUUGAGAGACGAGAACCGGAACCGGGUUGGGCUGCCGGAGAAGAUUGCUGCGCCUUGUUGCGCGCAGUUUGCGGUUUCUAGGGAGGCGGUCAGGAGGAGGGGGUUGGAGACUUGGGUGGGGCUCAGGGAGUGGUUGCUCGAGACCGGGGUUGAGGGGAGGCAGGCGGGGAGGGUGUUGGAGUGGACUUGGCAUUUGUGGUUUGGGAUGGAGGCUGUGCAUUGUCCGGGUGAGGCGAAGUGUCUUUGUGAUGUUUAUGGGGUUGGAGAUUGCUCGCAAAGUUGAUCCGGAAGACUUGGGCUGAGUAAUUGCUGGAUUGGCGGAAGUGAUGGCUUCGGCGAGAGGAGUGUGUUGCUCAUGAGUCGUGGGGAUUGAAUGGGGUGUUCUUCAGCUGAGGGCUUGCGGGGAUGGAUGAAUAAAUGCUGGCAGAGCUGAAGUACAGAGUGCUCGUGAAGUUUUGAUACUGAAGGUUUGAGCCGAAGUGCUGGGCUAGCCUUGCUGGAGCGUUGUUUUCACGGUGAGGGUAUUGGAUGUUUUGCAUAGCCUUGGGAGUUCUGCGUUAAAGAAUAAUUUCAUUUGCUGCCAAG